AUGAAUGCAGCCCCAACGCUCAAGGUUACGAUGGUUUUUCCUUCAAAUAUGAAUGCUAUGCUCUUUGGUGUCCUAAGCGGACAUUCCGUUUCCCAUAAUAAUGAUUGUCCAACUCCAGUUUCAAAUAUUGUCCCACAGCCUCCACCAGCCGCUCCCUCGAAGGUGAUGAAGGCUCUACGACGUUUAGUGGUCGGAAUUGCUAUUUAA